GCGGGCGGCGUUGGGGCCGGAGGCCGCGGUAACGGUGGGGCGGCGGCGGCGGUGUGGCCGGGGGCCGCGGCGGCGGCGGGCCGUGCGGGCGGCCGGCCGCCAUGUGGCUGUGCGGCGGGCGGCGGCAGCGCCGCCUCGGGGGCGUCGCGCUCCUCAUCUUCGUGCUGUGGCUGCUGCUGCGCAGGUAUUACCCUUGCCUGCUGCCGGUUGUUUCAGACACCUGUGAGAAUGCUGUGCUACACAGGUUCAACUGGAGUGAGCUGAUACCUUUGCGGUUAUGGGGGAGGACCCUAGGCUUGCAGACAGAAAACUCACGCUUCCUCCUGGAAGGCAUGCCCUUCCGCAUAUUUGGAGGCUCAGUGCACUAUUUCCGAGUCCCCAGGGAAUACUGGGAAGAUCGCAUGCUUAAGAUGAAAGCGUGUGGCUUAAACACUCUUACUACGUAUGUGCCAUGGAACCUUCAUGAACCAGCAAGAGGGAAGUUUGACUUCAGUCGAAACCUGGAUCUAGAGGCCUUCCUUUCACUGGCAGCUAAAAUUGGACUGUGGGUGAUUCUGCGUCCUGGACCUUAUAUCUGCUCUGAAUGGGACCUUGGUGGUCUGCCCAGCUGGCUAUUGCAAGACCCAGAGAUGCAACUGAGGACAACCUACAAGGGCUUCACAGAAGCUGUGGAUGCCUAUUUUGAUCAUCUAAUGCCUAUCGUAGUCCCUCUUCAGUACAAGAAAGGAGGUCCCAUCAUUGCAGUGCAAGUGGAGAAUGAAUAUGGUUCCUACGCCAAAGACCCAAACUACAUGACCUAUGUUAAAAUGGCUCUGUUAAGCAGAGGGAUUGUGGAACUGUUAAUGACCUCAGACAACAAGAAUGGGCUCUCAUUUGGCUUUGUGGAGGGAGCACUGGCCACUGUUAACUUUCAGAAACUGGAACCUGGGAUACUGAAAUAUCUGGACACAGUACAGAGAGAUCAGCCAAAGAUGGUAAUGGAGUACUGGACUGGAUGGUUUGAUAACUGGGGGGGCCCUCACUAUGUCUUUGAUGCAGAUGAAAUGGUGAAUACUGUAGCAAGCAUCCUCAAAAUAGGAGCAUCCAUCAAUCUCUAUAUGUUUCAUGGAGGGACCAACUUUGGCUUCAUGAGCGGUGCUUUGGAGGCUGAUGAAUACAAGUCAGACGUCACCAGUUAUGAUUACGAUGCUGUGCUGACAGAGGCUGGAGACUACACGUCCAAAUUUUUCAAGCUCCGACAGCUCUUCAGCAUGAUCAUUGGGCAGCCUCUGCCUCUCCCUCCCAUGAUUGAAAGUAAGGCAUCAUACGGUGCCAUCCUGUUGCAUCAAUAUAUCUCUCUCUGGGAUGUGUUACCAUCUCUUUUACAGCCCAUUAAAUCAGAGUUUCCAAUUAACAUGGAAAACCUGCAUCUAAACGAUAGCAGUGGGCAGUCCUAUGGAUAUGUGCUCUACGAGACUGUCAUAUUUGGUGGCGGACAUCUGCAUUCUAGGGACCAUAUUCGUGACCGAGCACAGGUGUUUGUUAACACCAUGUAUGUUGGUGAGCUGGAUUACAACACAGUGGAGCUCUCCCUUCCUGAAGGACAGGGAUUCAGGCAGUUAAGACUUUUGGUAGAGAACCGCGGUCGUGUCAAUUACGGCCUGGCUUUGAAUGAGCAGCGGAAAGGCUUAAUUGGUGACAUCUUCUUGAAUAAAACCCCCUUGAGGAACUUCAAGAUUUACAGUCUGGAGAUGAAACCUGGAUUCAUGAAAAGCCUGCGACAUGUUGCUGGAUGGAGUGCAGUCCCAGACUACUUUGUUGGUCCAGCUUUUUUUCGUGGAAGGCUGUGGAUAGAGCAUCAGCCACAGGACACUUUCUUGAAGCUACAGGGCUGGGAAAAAGGAGUUGUGUUUGUCAACAGUCAGAACUUAGGCCGCUACUGGAAAAUUGGACCUCAGGAAACACUCUACCUUCCUGCCCCCUGGUUAUGGAAAGGGAGCAAUGAGAUUAUCAUUUUUGAAGAGCGAACUGCAGGCCGGAUAAUACAGUCUGUCGACAUACCUUAUUUAGGAAGGACCCAGUAUGUGGACUGAUGAAAGCUUCUUUUCCAUGUUUGGUUCAUCUUGGAUAUUCAUGGUUGCAUGUCUGGGGACACAAUGGCCCAGGCACUUGGGCAUGUUAAUUUCCACUAGACCCAGGUAAAGGAUUUGCUCUUUGGCAAUAAGAUCAGAAAAGGGAGAACAGGCCCCCAGGGAAGCAGAGUCCGUUGUUUUGUUGAUGGAUGUGGAAGCUCAUCUCCCUGCGCUACAGAGGGCCCAGAGCCUGGAUGGCUGCGCAUGAUGUUACGGACAGCCUGGUGAAUGUGGGGGAGUAAAAGGGUGCUGGAGGCAGGAGAGAGAAAGAACUGAAGCCAUCUGAACUGAAGUCUGAGCCCAGCUUCCAGUGACUUUAAAAAUGUGUUACUACUGGCCUCCUCCUUUUUAUAAUUAGAAAGGGAGAAAAUAGUUGAUGAACACAUGAGCAGCCAGGUGUGGAAAACCAUUUUGUUGCGCUUCCAGGCAGAAUUAAACAGCUUGCUCUGCAAAGAGGCCAUUAUUUGUUUACUUGUUGGAAGCCAGGUUGGAUGUCAAAUGAGUUAACUUCAAGCUUUUUUCCACUGAGUUUUAAUAUGGAGGUUGUCUCUCUCUUUCUCAGAAAAAAAAAAAGUUCUAAAAAGUCAA